GCAAGCCUGAUCAACUCCAUGCUUGGAAAUGAUAGUUGUAUGAAGAUAACUUGAUACAAGUCACGUCUGGAGAUUUUUAGAUUUACACCUUUGGUUUAAGUUAGUUGAUAACUUGAUACUUUAUACCAACGGUCAGAGAGGACCAGAGCUUCGGGACGCACUUGAAUCUCAUCGGAGAUUUCGUUGGCAAACUGAUCAGAAUCUCAAAUAACGAUUUCUCAGAAAUCUCAAGUUCAAAUCUUUUUCUCUUUCUGGAUCCUUCUUCUACCUUAUUUUACCAAUCGACCUUAUCUACAAAUUUCUCGGAGAAGGGAAUUGAAAAUAUUCAUAAUCUGCUAUUGUUUUUAAUCAUUACGCGAUAAAGCACCAGUCUUUUACUUACUAGAAUCAGACAAAGCCGAGCCAGAGAUGUUUAGUUUGCAGAGUCUUCCUCCUUUCUUCAUCCCCGUCCCAAAUCGGAGCACCAAUUCUUGCUCAACGGCUCCACUUCGUGCGACCAGUGACUUUGCUGCUUCUCCUUCUACACCAAUCUCUCGCCGUCUUAUCCUUCUCCGUCACGCUCACAGUUCCUGGGAUGAUUCUUCCCUCAGAGACCAUGAUCGUCCUCUAAGUAAAACCGGACAAGCUGAUGCUGCCAAAGUUGCUCAAAUCCUCUCUACACUUGGUUGGCUUCCCCAACUCAUUCUCUCAAGCGACGCCACUCGCACUAGAGAGACACUGAAGUCAAUGCAAGCGCAAGUGGAUGAGUUUAUGGAGGCAAAUGUACAUUUCAUUCCGAGCUUUUACUCCAUUGCUGCUAUGGACGGCCAAACCGCCGAGCAUAUUCAUCAGAUUAUCUCCAAAUAUUCAACCCCUGACAUUACUACUGUCAUGUGUAUGGGGCAUAAUAAAGGUUGGGAAGAAGCAGCCUCCAUGCUCUCUGGAGCUUCUGUUAAGUUAAAAACAUGCAAUGCUGCUUUGCUUCAAGCUUUUGGCGACUCCUGGGAAGAAGCUUUUGUGCUCUCUGGGCCUGGAGGAUGGAAACUUGAAGGUGUAGUGGCUCCAGAUAGUAGCAUAUGUGUGUAGCAGCAUCCAAAGCUUCUAGUUUACCAUUUUUCCAUGGUUUCUUUCUCCUCUAGGCUUACAGUAUGUCACUCUUACAACUUCUUUACUGAGUACACAACAUAUAAAAGGUUGUAAAGUUUCAUUCUUGUGUGCAAUUCUCAAUACCAUGUAGCUA